AUUUUCAUAAAUAACGAGUGGCACGAUGCAGUCAGUAAGAAAACCUUCCCUUCUAUCAAUCCAGCGACAGGAGAAGUUAUCUGUCAGGUUGCUGAGGGCGAUAAGGCAGAUGUGGACAAGGCCGUUAAGGCAGCCAAGGCAGCUUUCCAGCUGGGCUCGCCUUGGAGGAGGAUGGAUGCUUCUCAUCGGGGGAAGCUGCUGAAUCGUCUGGCUGACCUGAUCGAGAGGGACCGGGCUUACCUGGCGGCGCUGGAGACUCUGGAUAAUGGGAAACCGUACUCCAUCUCCUACCUGGUGGAUUUGGACAUGGUAGUCAAAUGUCUCAGAUACUUCGCAGGUUGGUCAGACAAAUUCCAUGGCAAAACCAUCCCGUUAGACGGAGACUUCUUCUGUUAUACAAGACAUGAGCCUGUGGGAGUUUGUGGACAGAUAAUCCCGUGGAACUUCCCACUGUUGAUGCAAGCAUGGAAACUUGGCCCUGCCCUGGCUACUGGGAAUGUGGUUGUGAUGAAAGUGGCGGAGCAAACCCCCCUGAGUGCUCUUUACGUCGCUAAUUUGAUCAAAGAGGCUGGCUUCCCACCGGGUGUGGUGAACAUCAUCCCUGGCUAUGGGACCACUGCAGGGGCUGCCAUCUCUUCCCACAUGGAUGUAGAUAAAGUGGCCUUCACCGGCUCCACGGAGGUUGGACAUCUGAUCCAGAAGGCUGCAGCAGAGAGUAACCUAAAGAGGGUGACGCUGGAGCUUGGAGGAAAGAGUCCGAAUAUAAUCAUGUCUGAUGCAGACAUGGACUGGGCUGUGGAUCAAGCCCAUUUUGCCCUCUUCUUCAAUCAAGGGCAGUGCUGCUGCGCUGGAUCCCGAACAUAUGUCCAGGAAGACAUAUAUCAUGAGUUUGUGGAGAGGAGUGUUGAGAAGGCCAAGGCCAGGGUGGUGGGAAACCCCUUCGACUUUAAAACUGAACAGGGGCCUCAGGUGGACGAGGAGCAGUUUAAGAAGAUCCUCGGGUACAUUAGUACUGGGAAGCGUGAAGGAGCCAAGCUGCUGUGCGGUGGCAACCCCGCUGCAGACAGAGGCUAUUUCAUCCAGCCGACUGUCUUUGGCGACGUGCAGGACACCAUGACGAUCGCCAGAGAGGAGAUAUUUGGGCCAGUCAUGCAGAUUCUGAAGUUCAAAACAAUUGAGGAAGUCAUUGAGAGAGCAAAUGACUCCAAGUACGGCCUAGCAGCAGCAGUCUUCACAAAGGAUCUCGACAAAGCAAACUACGUGUCCCAGAGCCUGCGAGCCGGAACAGUGUGGAUCAACUGCUACGAUGUGUUUGGUGCUCAAGCCCCGUUUGGCGGCUACAAAGCUUCUGGGAAUGGGCGAGAGCUGGGAGAAUAUGGUCUGGAGGCAUACGUGGAGGUGAAAAAUGUGACAAUCAAAAUUCCACAGAAAAACUCCUGAAGGACAGCAGCCUCCUCAUGCAUUCGGAAACACCGAUGCAGCUUCAUGAGAUACACAGCAAGGAAACCUCUUCUUAAUACAUACAAAACUUAGGUGGAAAUAUGUAACUCUGCAUUAAGAAAUGUUUCUUUAGAAGGUGCCUGGAGGAGCUUUUGUUAAGAAACAUUACUCGGCUUUAUCUUUUUACCAAAUACAGUCAAUUGAGUACUAAUGCAUUGCGUGGGUGUGCUCGUUGCGUCUGUACCUGAUGAACAUG